CUAAUAAUUAACAUGUUCAACGAUUUAUGUAUGAUAAUUUACACCAAGAAUUAAAACAAAUUAAUAAACUUAUCUAAUCACAAUUAACAAAAUUCUUGUUCAUCUCUACCAUUUAAUUGAAUUCAGUUAAUUGUAAUUGACAACUUUCAACGACAACAAACACCAACAAUUCAAAACCAAUUUUAAUUGUGUCUAUGUGAUUGUGAUUGUGAUUUCAUUUCAUUGAUAGUUAACUAAUUAACGAAAACCUUUUGAAAAGGUUAAUUAACUUGUUAAUUAUGAUCAAUGAAAUUGCUUCGUUAUGUUUAUUCUCGUUAAUUUGUUUCGGUGAUCAACAAUCAUCUCUAUUUAAUAAUUCUCAAUGCCAAGAAUAUAAUUAUCUUCAAGAUAAAAUAAGUUUAAUUUGUAACAGUGAUUCUCAACUUGAACAAUAUAAACAAUUACCAAUCCACACACUAGCAAUUAACGGUACACCAAAUGAUAUUCAGGAAACAUUAGUUGUCACCAAUUUUAAUCAUCUAAUCAUUCAAAAUGCCCAAUUUAAUGUCUCAUCUCGACAAGAGGGUUCUCAUGAUAAAUCAAUUGUCCAUCAAUCACUGACCAUUGUCCGGUCAUCUAAUGUCGCUGUCUGGUCUUGGGCCAAUUUCAAUUUCAAACACAUCUACUUUGAAGAUUGUCUAUUAAAUCCAAUUUACGAGAAAAGUUCACACAAAGUUGUUACAAGUGAUUUUCUACCUUCUAAUUUAUUAUCAUUAUCAUUUAUUAAUUGUCGAAUUGUCAACAUUGGUUAUGGAGCAUUGAGUUUUCUUAAUUCAAUUCGAUCGCUAACAAUUACUCAUAAUCAUUUAACGACUUUCUCCCGAUUGGCCUUACCCGAUGAAGCUCCUGACCUUUGGUCAAUCGAUUUAAGUUACAAUAAGAUUGAAACUUUAUCCGAUUCUUUUACCAACAAUUUACCUUCACUCAAGGAAUUAAAUCUUCGUAACAAUCAAUUGCUCACAUUACCUGUUGAUUUCUUUCAUUCAUCACUUUUACUCUCGUUAAUUGACUUGGCAGAUAAUCCUUUGAAAUGUGAAACUUUUUGCUGGACAUUCACAAAUAGCUCAUUGUCUCAUCCAAAACUACUUGACCAAACGAAAUGUUUCUUGUCGAAUCAAGCAUCGGUUAUAUUGGCCUGGAGUAAUGGUACCGAAGUUGGUUGUAAUGAUCCGUGUAUUUAAUCAUUUACAUGAAAAGGGUUCGCUUCUUUUGUCUUCUAUCUGUCAUUGGAUUUAAAACUUGUGAUUGUAAAGAUCCACCAACAACUCGAGAACCAAUUGAUUGUCGUUUACUAACUGCUUCUGAGGUUGGUGUUGGUACAGUUACUUCCGAUUCAUCAAUUAAACUUGCCCAAAAUUCUGUUGGGAGACUUAA